AUGAGGAAGUCUUUCUAUACUAGUAAAUCAUGGUUCAGUAGAUUAUGGUUCAAAAUCCCUAGUAACUUCAAAUAUGGAACAGGUUUAGUAGGAGUAGCCACUACAAUUGCAAAUGUUCAUCCUAACAUUCUCGUUACCCUCGGCCCACCAAUAGGUAUUUCAUCUUAUUUUACAUACAGAUUUUUAAUCGAAAGGCAGUAUAAGAAGGAUGUGAAUAUUGCUAAAACCAGUGAGAAGACCAUCAAAUUGGAAAAUUACGAUGAAACUGACAUAGAUCUUGUUCUCAAAGGUAUAAAUAAUGAGUUUGAAUACUUUAAAUCUAAUAUCUUGAGAGAGAUCCAUCAACUAGUUAACCUGAACAUCGACAAUGAUUCGAUUUUCGUCAAGGAUGAUCAGAUCAAUUAUAAGUUUGGUGAUUUUGAAAACUUUAUAGUAUCCAAUUAUGAUAGUAAGAAGUUCAUUAAGUUCUCAAUGAGUCUAUUUGAUAAAAGUACGGCUAAGAGACUAGGUAUUAUGGAAGUGUAUUUGACAGAGGUUAGUGAAGAUGAGUAUAAGGUGAAAUUGGUCAUCACUCCCAAUAAUGGGAAAGUAAUGGAGAUAUAA